CCUAUUUUGCUUUCGUCAACAAAUUGCUUGAAUAUUCCAUAAGGAAAAAGAUUUUUAACAUAGUAUUGGAAUGGAUAAAAGCUAAUUGAUAUAUUAAUAACAAUUCUAAACAAUUGUAAAUGAAAUGGACGUGGACGACAGUUUUUAUGACGAACUGUCGUCCUUUAUGUCAUCGCCAACUGACUAUGACAUAAACCAUCAUGAUUUUGACGAAAUCAUAAGCUCAACAGUCUCGCAGCUGGAUUCUUCUCUGGACCUUAAUACGUUUCUGCCGCAGGAUCAUGGAACUUCGUUAAACAGCGAUAAUUUGUUCUCUGAAUUGUUUCAGCCAACAACAACAGAUAGCCAUAAUGAUUUGGAACUUAAUUUUGAUAACUUAUCAACAGUUUCAACGCAUAGUUGGAAUGUUGAUCGAACUUCAUCAUCAUCAAUGGAUGCUUCCAGCAAUUUGAUCAAUAUUUGUGAAGAUAAUGCCGAAAUUGAAAAACUAACUAGCGGCAAUCUGUUGGAGCACAUGCAGGAUCGAGAUACACCCUCGCCAACGGAUAGUUGUGGCAGCUUUAGUGGUAGUUCAACAAGUGGCGUCCACAGCGACACCUCAGAUGCAUGGCAGAACAGACAGCGAGAUCAAAGUCAUAAGGCGCCUGCCUUAUUUAAUGUGUCGCAAUUUCCAAUGCCAUUUGCUCAAAACUUUACCAAUCGAAAUGAAGACAGUAUUCAAAAAAGUUUACAACAUCCACAGCUUGCAGCGUCAGUUCUUAAUACUAAGGAGAUUAUUGGGAAAUCAGCGAGCAACUCGCCAGUAGUUUUGCAAACACCUGUGGGUCUAAAAACUGUACCAGCCACAGUUCACAUUCCUAUCAAUGUGAAUGCGAGCUCAACUACCAAGGCUCAAAAGCCAGCUCGAGAAAAAAUGUCAAGUGAGUCAGCAACAGAAAACGUUGGUAAAACUAAAACCAUAUUCCUUUCCACAAACGACUACAAGGCGCUCAUGGAUAAGAUUAAUUUGAAUGGCUCCAAAGGUGCGAAGAUUAAUGGUAGUGUCAAAACGCAUAUUCCGAAAAUUGUAAUGAAGACAGGAAAUGCGAAACUAAAAGGCCAUCAAAAUGUUGUUGAGGCACCGGGUCCAACUGUCACACAUAACCCGUCCAACAUGGUUAAGCAUCAGAAUCAACCAUCACACUCCAGUUUUAAACGUGAAACCUCCAUGGAGUCGGAAUCUUCGAAUUACCAUUUCAGAAACACAAUAGACGAGAAGAUGUACAAGAAACAGCAACGAAUGAUUAAAAAUCGGCAGUCGGCGUCAAUGUCGCGUAAAAAGAAAAAAGAAUAUGUCGUCUCAUUGGAAACUCGUUUGCACAAUCUGGAGAAGGAAAAUCAUACUCUCAAAGGGGAAAAUUUGUCGUUGAGAAACCAACUUGUUGCUUUGGCUAAAACAUGUAAGUGCCGUAAGGGCAGUGUAUGUGAGUUCGUGUUGCAUUCGUUAAACUCCAAUUCGCGAUCUGAUCAACAUGUUAAGAUCGCUCCAAGGCCAACUUCCAAAAGUUUUAAACAGCACAUGAAUGCAGCGACAGUUAAGAAAAAUAUUGCCGUGCUGUUUGCUAUGGCUUUCAUGGUCACAUUGAAUGCAGGCAACUUUCAAUCAUAUUUAAGCAAUCAAAAUCUGGACGCGGAAAAUACCGCCGCCGUCGCGUCCGACUCGAAUGCGAAUGAACCCAUUCCCAUAAGUCGCCGUUUGCUUUGGGUCGAUACUGAAGAGGAGUACAACGAAAAGCUAAACCAAAGCAAUCGUCAAGCUGAGGAGCUGGUAAUGCCACCAUUACAUUUUCUGCGGCCAAUCAGUCGUGGCCCCAAUGUUACGAAAAAUGAUCAUUGGAAUUCUACAGAGCCUUCUAGGUUUAAUAGAGCAAAUGAUCCGCCACCUUUGACAUACCCAUCUUCAGCUAAAUGUAAUGGUUCUUGUGCUUCGUCAAACUCUAGUGUCAACCAGUCAGAAUACUCGCGGCUGGCGUUUAAUUUAGAAAAACUGAUUAAUACGAGCGGAUACCAUAAAUUGGGCAUGAAUUCAAAAUAUAAUAUUGACCGGGAUAACACACAUGGCUUUAAGUUUUCGACAGACUAUUUGGAACUACCUGAUAUGGAAAGAGAGGCUUCGACACUUGGCAAACGUAAAAGCUUUUUGGGCUUUAAGGAGACCUUACCGGACAUGAAGCAACGGAAAAUGGAUUUACAUAAUAAAAACACUCUUAACACAAGCGAACCAAUUCAUCUUUUCAAAGCAAUCAAACGACAAGAGGAUACAUUUUAUGUACUCUCAUUAAAUACAGAUCACAUACUUCUAUCGCCAUCUACAUACAACAAGAGUUCUCGUCCCAAAAUGUCGUUGUUGCUACCCACUGCUGAACCAUCGCCAAAUGGCGACAUAAUGAUGAUGCAAGUCGACUGUGAGGUCUUCAAUACAAAGGAGAUAGAGCUUAAAUCUCACAUGAUACCGGCUAAUUUGCGGCCGAACAUAACGAAGUGGCAACUUAAAGCAAAGCCCUCCAUGAAUGCCAACAACAGAACACUGGGCAGUAGUAAGUUUCUCGACAAAUCAAUAAAACACGACAAGCCGCGUGUUCGAACUUACUUUAUGGUUGGACCCAAAAAUCAAGCAGCUGCAGCAGUCUCACAGGAGAAGCCACGAUUAGUGGAGCUCAAUAAGAGUAUGGUUAAUAAUAAUAGUAAGGUACUCACAGCUGAGUUCGAUUCACGUUUGCACGACUAAUCUAUGUAUUUAUCCUGGAUUAGCUCUUGAUUUAUAUUUAAUAUUUCAAAUGUUUAAUGUAAUUUUAUAUGUGUGCAAGUUAAACAAAUAA